GCAUUACUCUCUCCCACCAGAGGAGGCCCUUUCGAACAUAGGGGACUGCGGGCUCCCUGGUUACUGGUUCCACAGUGUGAAGGAGCUGGUAGAUAUGGUGCUAGAGGACUUGUCGGACCUGUACGACGACACUCCUGAUCGUAGACGGGGGACUAUGACAAGAAAGAAGAUUAACAUGGCGCUGGCGUCGUUGGAAGACCUUUCGAGACGGAACAAGGUGAAAGCAUGCAAUGCGUUCAACUCAGGCGAAAUGGCCAAGCACAUCCAGGACCUGCCUCAGGCCAGCCGUUGCAAGACUGACGUUGAUGCAAGUCGGGAUUUUGCUCGCGCUCAAGGGUAUCUGGCAAUGCUGCGAGUGAUAAAGAGCUCCCCACCGAAUUCAGAGUACGUCAAGAUCGCUGCUUCCAUCCUUGCCGGCUUCGCCUCAAGCCUCUCCGUCCUUGCCUGGCAACCAUCUCCAGGAAGAAUCGGAGAAGGUUUCGAUUCACAGCACCGCAUACUCCGAGAUGGUACGGCAAGGACAGACAUGACACAGGGGCAGGAAUGCGGUGAGGUGCAAGUCAGUCAUUGCAUUCCAGGGGGAGACGAAGCAGCUGAAGGAAGAGGCGCCCAGCAGCAGAUAUACUAUAAAAUGCAACUGAGCAAUAGUUUCACCACACUUUGUCCACUGGGGUGGUCUUUGGAGACAGAAAUCCCUGAUUUCCAUGGAGCGGACACUGUCUGGGCGCAGGCCGUGAACUCUGCUCUACGUAGACUGGAAACGGUGGACAUCCUGCUCGACGCUGCAAUCAGAUCGCCGAAUCUGUCAAGCAGCAUAGUGACCGACUGUGUCCGGACUCUAUCCUCUCUCUGGUCCCGAAGGAUGAUCAAGUGGCAUCGAUUCGAUGACGAACUGUUGAACGAUUUCCCUCAGCCUAUGGCCCUGAUCGGCGACUUGGGGAGAGCGGAUGACGUGAGAGCAAAGCUGAAGUUGCUGGUGAAUCGGUUUAGUGAAUUUACUUCUGACUCAAUGAUCACGGCACCGUUCUGCAACCUGCACCUGGCUAAGAUCCUCAUCUCCCAGGGGAUCAGGGAUGUAGACGCACAGGUAGCACAGAUUCUGCUGCAGUGUCUGUGCUACUGGAGGCAAGCUUUAAGCUCCAGGGAGCUCGACUGGUUUGCGUGCGAGACCAUAGAGACACUGCGGGAUCUGUUUGCAACAUCAACGCAGCAGAUCGCUCUCAAGCAGCAAAUCUGGGAGUCUGUAGGUGGGGUCAGUUGCCUUACACUGAUGCUCAAUGCCGAGGUGAGUGUCAGUCGAUCAGUCCGCUUCUUCGAGGAAGAUCACCAAUUCAUGGAUCAUAUGGUGAGGGUUCCGCACAGGAGGGAGAAACCCUGGGCCGAUGACGCUGGCACCCACGCCAAUCAUUGCGCGGCGGCUGCAGCACGACUCUUUGCAGAGCUGAUCAAAUCAAAUGAGGUAUUUGACAUGCUGUCACAGCCGAGAGCCAAUGAGGCAUUUUUCGUGACCUUAUUCAACAGCUUGCAUUCCAAUCUUGAGCUGCAAGUUGAGCUGCAACCCGAGCAGAGGGAAGGAGUAUUGGUUCGCCCAGGUACGCAUGGCUUGAGAACCUCCCCAGCGGAGCGGAACACCAUACUUAGUUCCUUCCUCAAUCAGUUCACAGGCAUGGGGAAUUUUCAUAUCCUUCUAUUCGAAAUCCUUGAAUCUAUAGGAAACCCCGCCUGGCGGCCGGGUUUUGAUUUGUUCAAGGACGCCAUCUUUGCUCCUGCCAUUGCCGGCAAGAGUCCAAAACACCAGCUGGAGCACUUUGAGAGGGCAGUAAACAACCUCCUAGCGAGGGUGUAUGCAGCACGCAUAACCUCUUACGUCAUCCAUCCCUGUGCCCACGAAUCGCAUCAGAACGAUCACAGUUUUGUCUGCCAUCAUCUACUCCGCAUCCUUCUUCCUUCCCUGGUCAAGCAUUUUGUAUUACGUGGACCCUUCCCUACACUGCCGACGUGUCUAGGGCUUGAUGAGUGGCAGAACCGCCUGCAUGAAGAGGCUGACAGCCUGAUUGCCAAGGUGCUCGUCAAGGUUGUCCUGUGUCAUGCAUCAGUGCCUACAAGCAGCCCUGUGGCCACUGCCUUAGAGGAUCUCUACCGUUGGGCAACAGAUGUGCACGGGGAGGAUAGGCAAGAGAGCCGAGAUAUCACAAGGCUUGUGGAGCUUGUACAUGGUCUGAAUCCAGGUGAACGUUUCGUGCGCCAACGCCCUCGUCUUCGAUGAUCGGUCGACAGCCGUCAAUUGCCCGCCGUCGU